AUGACCGACAAAGUCACAAAGCCUCGAAAACGUAUCAAGAAAGAAGCAAAUCCAAGCAAUAGUGCAGACGCGAGCAGCGCAAGUAGUAAUAAUAAUACUAGUGGUGUCGUUACGGGUCGGAAAGAUUCCGCCAACGAUUCGUUGUCGUCUACGAUCCCCCAGCAUGUUGCACGAGAACAGGUACAAUUGUCAGCUUCCACUCGUCGUUCUUCGACCUCGUCUGUGGUUCGUGAGGAUCCUGCGACUUCGAUAUCUCAUCACCAGCAGCUGGUCCUUUCGCCUAAACUAGAACCCGUUAUCAAGCGAGAAUCCUCGCCGACAGUCAUUUCAAGUCCACUUCACGAUGCUGUUGUAGCCACUCAAUUGCAUUCAAAUCCACCACUACUCUAUCAACCUUCCCAAGCAGACAUCUAUGAUCAGGCGUUUGUCGCUCACUUUGUCGCACUCAAUAAAGGAGUUCGGACUUCAACUCCUGAUAUUCCAUGGCUCACCCAUUUGCCUGGUGCAUAUGCUGAUAUCAAGCAACCGGCCCUGAAGCUAUCGAUCCGAGCUACCUCAAUGGCAUUCUACGCGAAAGUUCGAAAAGACAUCCCCAUCCUCGUGGAGUCUUAUAGAUGGUACAACAUGAGCUUGCACGCCCAGAGAAGAUCACUCGCGAGGUUUGACAGCACUACCGUUCCAACGGAUGAAGAUGUCCUGGUGCCAACGAUCCUUGGUCUAUACGAAGUAUACGCAGGCACCACCCCAACAAGUGUCUUUCAGCAUUUGACUGCUGCGACGAAAAUAUUAGAGAUUAGAGGCCCACAUAACUGUAGCUCAGGCGCGGCAUUUCCGCUCUUCAAAGGUAUCCGUGUAUCUGAUGCGCACAAAGCUGCGGUACUUAAUCAACCCUCCGUUUUCUCGACUCCAGAAUGGAUGUCGCUACCCUUCCUCCUGGAACCGAAAAAUGCGCAUCAGGCGCUGGUCGAUGUCCUACUUCUCAUUCCAGCCUGUAUCGCCUUAUGUCGGAGGAAAUGCAGCCUGGGCAGCUUCUUCUCGGGAAAAUUACCCCUGAAUAUAGACCUUGGACCGAUUCGAGGCCGCGCGAGAGAGCUUCUACUACAACUAGACCAUUGGUCAAUGAAGCACCCGGAACUUUGUACCGCGAAACCUUCUGAACAGAUCACUCCUCUGACCAAGCGGGGACACACUGGAAAAGCCAGUCCACUUUCCCGACCGUCUCCCCAUCCGGUACUCUCAGAUACAUUCCUUGCGCUGACUGCCUCCACUUACCAGGCAACUCGAUUAAUCCUGAUGCUUCUCUUGCAAAAGGUUGAUGAGACUGUAGGGUCGACUGGCUCAGAUACAAGAACAGCUUCAUCCGAGGCCCUCUCUUCAUGCUCGCUUCUAGAUGAUGUGAAGUCGUGCGCCGAGUCCAUUCUUGAGAUAAGCGAGUUCUUCGAAAAGACCCAUCCCGUCGGUUUCGAUUUCAUGCGAAGCGUGUUUCCACUAGUAGUCGUCGGUAUUUUGGGCCCCCAAGAAGAAUAUAAGACGACUGCACGGCAAACACUUGACAGAUGGGGCGAAAUGAGGGGAGUAGGGGGAUUGUGUGGGGCUUGGAUUGAUAUUUGA